AUGUUGUUUGGCUUUAUGUAUGCGAUAGCUGCUAUUGUAGCAGCUGUGAAUAAUGACGGUGAAGGAGAGAGUGAUUCAAAGUCAUUGGGCUUUGUAGGUGUUUGGGCUAUGAUUUUAAUUGUCGCUCUCUCAGUAGGAGGUACUAUGGUCAUGCGUAAACACCAGACACCACUAGCUGUGGGGUUUCUCAUUGGCGUUGUCCUGAUGAUGUCAUUGCAAAUGUUUUCAUUGUCAAUUCUCUUUGCUGGUGCCGCUUACUUGGCUCGUAUGGAACGUGCUAAGGGCAAUGAGCAUACGAAUGUGCACUCAAAUGAAGCUGGUUCGGUCUUUUCUUUCUUUUUGUUUAUUCUCUAUACUAUCUUCACGAUUGUGCUAGUCCGUUAUCGUAAUAUUGUCAUUAAAGAAGGUGUUAAUUUAGACCCCAAAGCUAUAAACAACAACAUGGACAAGCACUUUACAGGAACGAAUGGAAAUAUGGCAACGUCCAUGACAGCGACGUCUCCACGUAUCAUCCGCACAGAUAUCAAUGUUCCCAUCUCCCUUGCCUCAAGCGUCAAAGUUUAA